AUGGCCACUCCUGAGCAACUAGAAGCCUUUUUUGAUCGCCAAAGGCAGCUUCUAGCACAGGAGCGACAAGCAGAAAUUGAUCAGACUUCGCUGCUGCUUUCCAAUUGCAGCGCAAAGCUCCUGGAGAAGAAGGGACUUGCGUUGCUUGGUCUAGGAGUUGUAAAUGUCAACAUCGGACUUGGAGGUAAAAGCCUUGUCGAGUUGGAAAGACCCAGCGCACAUCAUUCGAGUCCAUUGUUCCCACCGCACACAUUUCGACCUGGAGAUUUGGCUAGGAUCGACGAUGCCUCCACGACCAGUAAGAAGGCGAGCAAAUCGAAGACUCCCGCGGCUGCUAGCAAGGAGAAUUUCGGGGUAGAGGGCGUAGUUUACAAGGUCUCCAAUUCACGCAUUAUCAUUGCUGUCGACGCUUCUAGACCUGGAACAAAUGAAGACCUUGACAUUCCGGAACAUUGUAUCGUAGUAAAGCUAGCAAACACCGUCACCUACGAUAGGAUGGAUCAAGCAGUCGAACGCAUGUCUAAGAUUAUGCUCGGAAUCGCUGGACCCAGUGGAAAUACGCAGGCACCCAACGCACUACAACGGGUACUGUUUGGUCAAUCGUCUCCUUCGCGGCCAGACGACAUUGGCACGAUUCAAUUCUUCAACUCUGAAGGGCUGAACGAGAGUCAGAAGAGAGCCGUAAAACUCGCGCUAGCUGCGCCAGAAAUAGCACUUAUACAUGGCCCACCUGGAACCGGGAAGACACAUACAUUGGUUGAGGUUAUCUUGCAACUUGUCGCGCGGAACAAAUCGUGCCUGGUGUGUGGUGCAAGCAAUCUAGCUGUGGACAAUCUGUUGGAGCGACUAGUUCCACACAAGAUUCCUCUCAUCCGAGUUGGACAUCCAGCUCGUGUAUUGAAUGAUCUCCAUGAUGCCACUCUCGACUCGCAAGCCGAAAGAAGCGAUCAGGCGCAGCUCGUCAACGAUAUUAAGAAAGAAAUCAACGAUCUGAUGAACACGCUAAGCGGAGGGGGUAAGGGAAAGAAACCGAGGGGAGCUGAGAGGAAGAAGAUGUACGAUGAAGUCAAGGAGCUUCGCAAAGAAUAUCGAAAGCGUGAGGGAACUAUAGUGUCUCGCGUCGUAGAUGGUGCGAAGAUUGUGCUCGCGACCUGUCAUGGAGCCGGAGGUCGACAACUAUUUAAUCGGGCAUUUGACGUUGUUAUUGUCGACGAGGCCGCACAAGCUCUGGAGGCUGUUUGCUGGAUACCAAUACUAAAAGCCUCAAAGCUAAUUCUAGCGGGCGACCCCUUGCAGCUUCCACCGACAGUUCUCUCGACGAAAGAAAAGAAGAGUGCCACAGUGAAAGCUCAGGCACCAGCCAAAACUAUGGCCAGGGCGAAGGCCACAAAGCCUAAAUCGCAAAAGGCUGAACCCGAGCCAGCAAAGGAAGUAGAUGAGUCCAGCGAGGAUGAAAGAACCGGGGCCGAAGGAUACAUGCAAGAUACGGGAAGGCCAAGGACCUCUAUAACGAAACUUGGGCUGCUCAUACCACCCAAAUCGCUUGAAGUCACUCUUUUCGACAGGAUGGAGGUAAUGUGGGGUCCAGAAAUCAAGCAAAUGCUAGAUGUGCAAUACAGAAUGAACACCAGGAUUUGUGCCUUUCCUUCAGCCACACUGUACUCUUCCAAACUUACUUCGGAUCCUUCGGUGGCGAAUCGACUGUUGACCGAUCGGGAUCCCACCAAUGAUGCAGCUCAAGAUACACUAGGCCACCCUAUAGUCUUCUUUGACACGGCUGGAUGCGAGUUCUUUGAGCGCGUAGAUGGUGGAGACAAUGAGGGUAAAUCGACGACUCUAAAUGACGAAGGGAGUAAAUGCAACGUCAACGAAGUGGAAAUUGUCAAACAAUGGGUCAACGACCUUGUCAAUUAUGGGAUCCCUCCACAGGAGAUUGCAAUCAUCACGCCAUAUCAAGCCCAGGUGUCGUUGCUCUCAGCUGCUCUCACGUCAAUUCCUGGAUUGGAAAUUGGCACCGUCGACGGUGUCCAAGGACGAGAAAAGGACGCGGUAGUCAUCUCUCUUGUGAGGAGUAACGAUAAACGGGAGGUUGGGUUCCUCAAAGAGAAGCGACGCUUGAAUGUAGCGAUGACCAGAGCACGGAAACAGCUGUGUAUUGUCGGCGAUAGUAGCACAAUCCGUCACGGUAGUUUGUAUCUCAAAAAGUGGAUGGAAUGGCUCGAGGAGAAUGCCGAUUCGUAG